GCGGGCGGGCCGGACGGACGGGCGGGCGGGCUCGCUCGCGGGCGGGGACUCGGCGCGGGAGCCCUCCCGGCCGGCAGUGGCAGCCCCUCCUGGAGGCCCUCGGGAGCCCGGAGGACCCCGGGUGCUGGCGGUGGCGGCGGCCCGCACUGCCGCACCCGGAACCAUGAGCGAGGCCCGCAGGGACAGCACCAGCAGCCUGCAGCGCAAGAAGCCACCCUGGCUGAAGCUGGACAUUCCGGCUGUGGUGCCCCCUGUGGCAGAGGAACCCAGCUUCCUGCAGGUAGGCCCUGGCCAGCAUGGGCUGUGGGUGCUUCCUGUCCAGCCCCCUCACCACGACCCCAUUGCCCAGCCCCUGAGACGCCAGGCUUUCUUGCGGAGUGUGAGUAUGCCGGCUGAGACAGCCCACAUCCCUUCGCCUUACCACGAGCCCCGCCGGCCGGUGCUGCAGCGCCAGGCAUCCAUCACACAGACCAUCCGCAGCCGGCAGGUGCGCUUUGGGCGCGUCCACACUCUGCCCCUCUUGGGCUCCCCUGCUGCCCGCAGGGCCCUCCCACAGCGCCGGUCUCUCUCCCGGUCCCUGCUCAGGGGCACAGCUGACUGGUUCGGAGUGAGCAAGGACAGUGACAGCACCCAGAAGUGGCAGCGCAAGAGCAUUCGUCACUGCAGCCAGCGCUAUGGGAAGCUGAAGCCGCAGGUCAUCCGGGAGCUAGACCUGCCCAGCCAGGACAAUGCGUCACUGACCAGCACGGAGACGCCCCCGCCACUCUAUGUUGGACCAUGCCAGCUGGGCAUGCAAAAGAUCAUAGACCCCCUGGCCCGGGGCCGGGCCUUCCGCAUGGCGGAUGACACCGCCGAUGGCCUGAGUACCCCGCACACGCCCGUCACUCCGGGCGCUGCCUCCCUCUGCUCCUUCUCCAGCUCCCGCUCGGGUUUCAACCGGCUCCCACGGCGGCGCAAGCGUGAGUCUGUGGCCAAGAUGAGCUUCCGGGCAGCUGCAGCGCUGGUGAAGGGCCGCUCUGUUAGGGACGGCACGUUGCGCCGGGUGCAGCGCCGAAGCUUCACCCCUGCCAGCUUCCUGGAGGAGGACACAGCUGACUUCCCUGACGAGCUGGACACGUCCUUCUUUGCCCGGGAAGGUGUCCUCCACGAGGAGCUGUCCACAUAUCCAGAUGAGGUGUUCGAGUCCCCAUCAGAGGCAGCGCUCAAGGACUGGGAGAAAGCCCCAGACCAGGCGGACAUGACAGGGGGGGCCCUGGACCGCACGGAGCUGGAGCGCAGCCACCUGAUGCUGCCCCUGGAACGCGGCUGGCGGAAGCAGAAGGAGGGUGGCCCCGUGGCCCUGCAGCCCAGGGUGCGGCUGCGUCAGGAGGUGGUGAGCACGGCGGGGCAGCGGAGGGGCCAGCGCAUCGCUAUGCCGGUGCGCAGGUUCUUUGCCCGGGAGAAGAGGCCUUAUGGGCUGGGCAUGGUGGGCCGGCUAACCAACCGCACCUACCGCAAGCGGAUCGACAGCUAUGUCAAACGCCAGAUUGAGGACAUGGACGACCACAGGCCCUUCUUCACCUACUGGCUCACCUUCGUGCACUCACUGGUCACCAUUCUGGCCGUGUGCAUCUACGGCAUCGCACCUGUGGGCUUCUCGCAGCAUGAGACUGUGGACUCGGUGCUGCGGAACCGUGGGGUCUAUGAGAAUGUCAAGUACGUGCAGCAAGAGAACUUCUGGAUCGGGCCCAGCUCGGAGGCUCUCAUUCACCUGGGCGCCAAGUUCUCGCCCUGCAUGCGCCAGGACCCACAGGUGCACAGUUUCAUCCUGGCUGCGCGGGAGCGGGAGAAGCACUCCGCCUGCUGUGUGCGCAAUGACCGGUCGGGCUGCGUGCAGACGUCGGCGGAGGAAUGCUCGUCCACGCUGGCCGUGUGGGUGAAGUGGCCUUUCCAUCCCAGCGUCCCGGACCUCGCUGGCCACAAGCGGCAGUUUGGUUCUGUCUGUCACCAGGACCCCAGGGUGUGUGAUGAGCCCUCCUCGGAGGACCCCCAUGAGUGGCCGGAUGACAUCACCAAGUGGCCGAUAUGCACCAAAAACAGCGCGGGGAACCACACCAACCACCCCCACAUGGACUGCGUCAUCACGGGCCGGCCCUGCUGCAUUGGCACCAAGGGCAGGUGCGAGAUCACCUCCCGGGAGUACUGUGACUUCAUGAGGGGCUACUUCCACGAGGAGGCCACACUCUGCUCUCAGGUGCACUGCAUGGACGAUGUGUGCGGGCUCCUGCCCUUCCUCAACCCCGAGGUGCCCGACCAGUUCUACCGCCUCUGGCUGUCCCUCUUCCUGCACGCUGGGCAAGUGACACCUUACGGGCUGAGCAGGGUCGGGUGGUCUCAGGGACCCCAGGAGUGGCUGGCAAGGGGGCGGCCCUCCCUGCUGAGUGCUGCCCCCCCACCUCACAGCAUCCUGCACUGCCUGGUGUCCGUCUGCUUCCAGAUGACUGUGCUGAGGGACCUGGAAAAGCUAGCGGGCUGGCACCGCAUAGCCAUUAUCUACCUGCUGAGUGGCGUCACUGGUAACCUAGCCAGUGCCAUAUUCCUGCCAUACCGGGCAGAGGUAAGGCUGCCCCGGGGUUCCAGCCUGGGAGCAUCUCCAUUUGGCCCCUCCAUCCUGCUGUGCUCUGGGCCACGAGAGGCGGGACGGCUGUGGUCCAGGCCCCUGCUCAGCACCCCUGCUGCCUGCACAGGUGGGCCCGGCCGGCUCGCAGUUCGGCAUCCUGGCGUGCCUCUUCGUGGAGCUCUUUCAGAGCUGGCAGAUUCUGGCUCGGCCCUGGCGUGCCUUCUUCAAGCUGCUGGCGGUGGUCCUCUUCCUCUUCGCCUUCGGGCUGCUGCCCUGGAUCGACAACUUUGCGCACAUCUCCGGCUUCGUCAGCGGCCUCUUCCUCUCCUUUGCCUUCCUGCCCUACAUCAGCUUCGGCAGGUUCGACCUGUACCGCAAACGCUGCCAGAUCAUCAUCUUCCAGGUGGUCUUCCUGGGCCUCCUGGCCGGCCUGGUGGUCCUCUUCUACUUCUACCCUGUGCGCUGUGAGUGGUGCGAGUUCCUCACCUGCAUCCCCUUCACCGACAAGUUCUGUGAGAAGUACGAGCUGGAUGCCCAGCUCCACUGAGCUGGGGGUGGUGGGGCCAUAGGCCGGCAGCGGGCCAGGGCCAGGUGGGCCACCCGCCCCGAGCCUCACAGGCCAGGGGGCCUUGUCAAGCAAGCCCUGUGGGCGUCCUGCCUGUUUCCUGGACACAGACCUCUUGUGCCUUGUUCACUGCUGUUGAACCUCUUGUACUUCUGGGCAUUUAUUACACUAGUUCCUGUGAUUACUUUCUAACUAGUCUCCUGACGACCACCUCAUGUGGCCAAUAAAUGGACUGGGAGCGUUUUAGCUGCCACCAACUUGA